AUGCCGGAAGGAACGUUCACCCAAAAAAAUUACCGUAAAUGCUUCCCGGGUGCUUUGUCAACACAUAAGCAUACAUCUCUUUCUACAAGAACUUUGGCACGGAAUGGGAAAUAUGAAUAUGAAGUAUCGUACAGAACUAUUGGAAGGCACCUUGAAACAAGAAAUGAUCCAAAGCAUAAAAGUCGUCUUGCCAAAGCCUUUCUUCAAGAAAAGUUCCCAAUAGUUUUAGAGUGGCCAUCAAAUAGUCCGGAUUUAAGAAAUCUAAAUUAUUUUGAAAGAUUUAUGAUGGAG